CCCCUGUACCCAACGAGAGAGCGGCCAUCAAGGUGAAGAGCGGCUUGUAAAAGAAGGGUGCAGGAUCAAUCUUUAAAAACGUCGUUUAAGGAUCUCACAAUUCAUUGUCUACACGGAUUAUCCUGUGAAAGAUAAUACACAAGAGGCGGACUGUACCAGGUCAGAAGAAAAACAAGGGACUCUAUAGGACUGGUGCUUGUACUUUCCAAUCGGGGGUUUCAGGGAGGUACAUUUUGAACGGGAAAUUACGUGAAUAUCUAAAAGAAAUUAGGUGAUACCAGUUUUCUAGAAAUUGAAUUCGAAAUGUCUUCCGAAAAUGACAACAAGUUUUGUAUGCUGGUUCUCUUGGUGUGCUGUGCCUUCAUCAUCGCGACAGUGGGUGUGGUUCUCGGAGCCCUGAGCCUGGCCCAGGUUGGGUUGAACGGAAGGGCAGAUUAUAACAUCUAUGCUGGGAGCAGUGGGGGCACGACCGGGGAUAGUGGCGUCGACAGCGGCGUUUCAUCACCGUCCUCUUCCUCUGACGAUAAAGUUUGGCUCUUUGCUAUCGGGGACUAUGACAACCGAUUGGAAUACUUGGAUCCUGUGUCAAACCAGUUGAAAGGUUACAAUGCAGACAUUAUCGAUGCAGUUUGUGAUAUCGCAAAUAAGAAUUGUGAAUUGGUCUGGGAUGUAUACAGCAACUGUUGGGAGAGCCCUGCUAAUGAGAGAGCCAGAGGGGGAGUUGGUUUGAUGGCAAACUGGUACACCGCCUGCACAGGAUGGAUACAAACUUAUGAACGUCUCCUCACCUUCGGUUUCACACGACCCUUUUCACAGAAGGGAAAGGUCGCCCUCUAUGCCGCGAGUGGAAGCAGUCAGGAUUACUCCGAUCUCUCGGGGCUCAGAGUUGGUUUUCUAGCAACGUGGUUUUCUGACGCCCCUUGCCUAGCUCGCUACACGACUGAUCCGUCUUAUCCAAUUGCGGGUGCUGAUUUACCAUCGGAUAGUCAAAAGAUCACGUACGAUACGGCUGAAGAUCUCAUUGCUGCCGUGCAGAAUGGAGAUGUGGAUGUUGCUUUCAGUGUCCGCCGGCCCCAACUCGACGAUGCCCUGGAAACUAUUUCUCCCGCGGAUUUCCCAAAUAACUGUGAAGCGGCUGGUGGAAGCAUGAUGACUUCGAAGUCGAACCAGGAAUUCAUCCGCUGGUGGGACGACGCUUUCAGUAGACUGGUUGGGACCAGCCGUUACGACACGAUUUGUCAAAAUAUCGUUAACGAGCACGGAGACAUUCCCGGUUCUACUGCCACAGACAUCUGCAUUGGUUACUAAAUAAGCAAUCAUCUCGUACACCAUGAUCGAGCAAGUGAAAUUCCAGAGGACCUCCUCACAUAGCAACAACAUAAUGUUUAUUUUUUCAAAUACAUUUUGAUGAUAUCAUUUAGAAGAGAUCGGUGAUGAAUAUGCCAAUGUCAAAAAGUCAAGAUUUUGGGCUCGUGGAAUCGCCUUAAUUGAGAAACGGAAAUAGUUCGAUAUUAACAUAAAUAAGGUAAAGAGGUUAAAAAAAUGGAACACAAUGGUCGGCCUAAAUUGGCCCAGUUUUGGAAUUCAACGGAAAUUUAUAUUGCUCCUCCACCCACCCCAGCCCUGUCAAUUUUCCAAAAAGCAGUAGAGAAAAUCGUAAUACCAAGUCUUUUAUAAUUAUGCCAGAUUUGUUUUGAAAUUAAUUCAAAUUCAAUUGUAUUGACCCUCUACUCGCUCUGUUCGCACGCUCUUCAUUUUUCUAAUGCAUUAUCAUAAUUAUGCUCGAUAUUCUCAGUUUUAAUUACCAUCACCUAAAUUGUAGUUUCAGAUGCAUUAUGAUGAUGUUCAUGUAUUUUUAAAUGUAAAUUUUUGAAAAUUUUAUUUACAUAUUUUUGUAUAAGUAUACAAUCAGUAGAUCGCAAAUACUUGGGUAGAAAGAGAUUUUCGUUAUGAGCAAAAAUGUGAAUUUAGUAGGUUUAAAGAUAAAGUGCAUGGCGUGGUAUGAAGUCAA